GUGUGUGUGUUUCUGAUCCAUCUGAUCUCUCGUUGUUUAUUAUAUUUCUAUAUAUCUGUCCUCUCUGUGUCUCAGCUCCUCCGGUGGUUCGGUGGUUCUGUGGUUCGAUACCGGCUGACAGAGACCCGGUUCCCUCGUGCACGGCGCUGUGUCGGCCACGCGCCCCGGGUUCCGUCCUACCGGAGGAGGAGAGCAGAGCGGCGGAGCGGUGAGAGCAGCGAGGAGUCUAACGGAGGAUCGUCUCCAGAUUCACGGUCCGUCUCCAUCCUUCAACCUCAACCGGGAUCAUCAGACUGGAGCUGCUGCUGCUGAACCGUGGACUGAGAUCCUGGUUCUGGUUCUGACUGGAUGAACCCGUCUGUUCACCAGCCCAGUGAUCCGUCAUCCCUCCAUCCCUCCAUCCCUCCAUCCCUCCGGCAGCCUGACGAAGGAUCUGAUGAGAGAGGAGACGCCCUGUUAUGGCCGCAGCUGAUGGUGGAGGCAGUCUGGGUCUUGAGCAGAACCACCUGAGCGUCCCGGUCUCGGAGCACGGCGCCUGGGCCACGGCCAUGAACAACCUGGGCAUCAUGCCUGUGGGCCUCAGCGGGCAGCAGCUGCUUUCAGAGUCUCUCUGCAUCCAGAGGUUUGACCCGAGUCUGGGACUCAUCGGACCCAUAAACCCCCUGAUGGGGGGCAUCAGUCUGGUCCCCCCCCCACCCGGUCCCCCCGACAUGCCCAUCAUUAAGGAGAUCAUCCACUGCAAGAGCUGCACCCUGUUCCCCCAGAACCCCAACCUGCCCCCUCCGUCGACUCGUGAGCGCCCCCCCGGCUGUAAGACGGUGUUCGUCGGCGGUCUACCGGAGAACGCCACGGAGGAGAUCGUCAGGGAGGUGUUCGACCAGUGUGGAGAGAUCAUCGCCAUCCGCAAGAGCAAGAAGAACUUCUGCCACCUCCGUUACAGCGAGGAGUUCAUGGUGGACAAGGCCCUCUACCUGUCAGGGUACCGGAUGCGUAUCGGGUCCAGCACCGAUAAGAAGGACUCGGGGAGGAUCCACGUGGACUUCGCCCAGGCCAGAGACGACCUGUACGAGUGGGAGUGUCAGCAGCGCCUCUUCGCCCGAGAGGAGCGACACCGCCGCAAGAUCCACGAGGACCGGCUGCGACCGCCGUCUCCUCCUCCCAUAGUGCACUUCUCUGAACACGAGGCGGCCAUGUUGGCAGAGAGACUGAAAGACGACCAGAAGUUCAGCGAGGCGACGGCGGUGCUGUUCACCUGGAUCGACCGCGGCGAAGUCAACCGCCGCACCGCCAACCACUUCUACUCCAUGAUCCAGUCGGCCAACAGCCACGUCCGGCGUCUGAUGAGCGAGAAGGCUCAGCACGAGGAGGAGAUGGAGCACGCCAAGGAGCUCUUCAAGAACGCCCUGCUGGCCAUCCUGACGCAGUUCGAGCAGAUCACGGCCGUUUUCACCGCCGCCACCAGGCAGAAGGCGUGGGACCAUUUCUCUAAAGCUCAGAGAAAGAACGUAGACAUUUGGAGGAAGCAGUGUGAGGAGCUGAGGAACGCCCACAGCGAGGAGAUCAUGGGCAUCAGACGGGAGGAGGAGAUGGAGAUGUCAGAUGACGACUUGGAUGAAAAUCCCUGUAAGAGGAUGCGAACCGAGGAAAACGGACUGUUCGAUCAGACUCAGGCGUCUCUGAAGGAGGAGAACGACUCGUUGCGGUGGCAGCUGGACGCCUACAGGAACGAGGUGGAGCUGCUGAGGCAGGAACAGAGCCGAUACGGCCGACAGGACGACGAUCAACCGCAACCACACGGUGCUGAGGCUCAGAUCCAGCUGCUGCAGCAGAACAUGCACAACAUGCAGCAGCAACUGCUGAGUCUGCAGGAGAAGCUGAGCAGUAAAGAAGCUGAGCUGGAGGAGGCCAGAGAGGAGCACCGCUACCUGGAGGGGGGGGUGCUCACCCUCAGAGACCAGCUGCUCGGCAGUAACGGUGAGGCUGUGGAGGGAACCAACGGAGAGCUGCAGGAAACGGUGGUGAACGGGUGUGUUCCUUCGCCGUACGUCAGCAGAGAGAGGAGGAGUGAUGUCAUCAUGAGAGGAGCGGUGGCCUCAGAGAGGGAGGCUCUGCUGCUGGGCGUGAUAUCGACCUUCCUCCACGUCCAUCCCUUCGGAGCCAACCUGGAGUAUCUGUGGUCGUACAUCCAGAGACUGGACUCCAAGGUGUCGGCGGGGGAGCUGGAGCGUCUCAUGGUCCGUCUCCCCUCUAUGUUCAGACAGGAGCUGAGCGGCGUCGGAGCGACUCUGGAGAAGCGGUGGAAGUUCUGCGGUUUCGACAGCCUCGGGUCGGCGUGACGCCGGCAGAACGCACACACACACACACUGAGAAACACACUGACGUGAACAGAUACACACUCAAUCUACACGUGUGUGUGUGUGUGUGUGUGUGUGUGUGUGUGUGUGUGCGCGUGCGUGUUCGUCUGUCCCAGAUCGGAUUGGAUAUACGGCGGCGUGUCGGACGCCGUGGAGGACACGGGUGUUCACGUCCUGAGGUCAGGUGGAGACGGACCGACUGGUUUCACCUGAUCCGGGUCUCUGAACCUGAAUCCUGGUCUUCGGUGGUCUCGUCACGGGGACACCCGGAGUAUAAAACCCGACACAAAGAGAAGAAGAGUUAAACCAAAGCUGAUCCUUCAACGUUCAAAUCUGUCAAACCUCAUUUAUCAACAAAAUAAGAGCUUCAUUCAGGAGUUUACACACCAACUCU